UAUACUUAUUUUCUUCUUUAUCUUUCAUCUAACAUUUGCCAUAAUUUAUUGAAAAUUAACUGAUAUAAAUAGUUUAGUAUUUUUUAACCAUAUGGUACAAAUUUAAAAAAUAAAUGGAGACAGCUGACGAAAAAUUAACUGGUGAAAAAAAUGGGUUAACAAAUGGAAUCACGAAGGAUGUGGAUAGCAGCUAUUUAAAUUGGGCAGAACAUAUCACAAUUAUUGAUUUAAGUAACAAGAAUUUAAAGAAUAUUGACGAGAAAACUAAGUUCCCGCCGAAUCUCUAUGACUUGAGUUUGUCUCAUAACAAUUUGUCGGAAGUGCCUAAUGUAGUGUUAAAACUUGAUAAAAUAAGGCAUUUGGAUCUUUCAUAUAACAGUAUUACGUACUUUGAUGAUACACCUAGUUUCUGCCAUACUAUUGAGGCUCUAAACCUUUCAUGGAACCAUUUGGCUGGACCACCUUAUUGGGUUUGGUUAGAAUCACCAAAAAACCUGUCAGAAUUAAAUUUGAAUUAUAAUGUUAACAUAACAAACUCACUAACUGAUAUCUAUAUUGAAGAGUUAUUAAAUUAUUCUGUUAAAGUAGCAAAUAUUAAAAUAGCUAAUUGUAGAUUGCAUACAAAUGUAGACCUUAUAUGCACAUUUGAAAGAGCAAAAUCACUAGAACUUGGAGUUGCUAAUUUCAGCAGCUUUUGUAACGUUCUUGAAGAAAUACCAUGCAUAGGUCUAGAUAAAUGCUGUGAUAUAGAAAGGCUGAAUCUACAAAAUACUAGAAUAUAUAAUAUUAAAGCAAAUAUAGACAUGUUUAUGCAUCUUGUUGAAAUUGAUCUAUCAAUGAAUAAUAUAGGGGGUCUACCGAAGGAAUUUUGUAAUUUAGAGAAAUUAGAAAUAUGCAUAUUGUCUUAUAAUAAUUUGUUGUACUUACCUGAUGAUAUUAACAAAUUGAAGAAGUUAGUUCGUCUUCACAUGGAUAACAAUGAACUUUGCAUGUUACCUGAUAGAAUUAUUGAAUUGAAAAGCUUGGAAUUUGUUGAUUUGUACAAUAAUUGCUUAAAUGAAGUGCCUGAUGAAAUACAGAAUGUGAAAGAGUUGGAUCUGGCGCAGAAUUACUUUGAUGAACCUGACAAUGAGGAGUAUUUGGUGAAGAAGGAAAAGUUAAGAAUCAAUAUCACUGAUAGAUAUGAUGGAAGAAAAGUGGAAAGAGUAAGACAGGAUAGUGAGCAUUCUAAUGAUAUAACUGAUGAUGAAGAGGAAUUCUUGAAGAGUAUAGAAGAAAACAACAAGACAGUAUAUCAACAAUAUGACCCUCCGAGCUCUCCUGAAGACUGGGACUCUGACAAAUAUUGGGUGCCUUGUUCCGAACUCCACUGUACCACACCCUCACUCUCUCCCUGGAUGUUCUACGUCAAACAGAAGAUGGCCGAAGGUAACUUCUGCCCGAUGGACGCUCACACAGUGCCGAUUGUGGAAUUAGUGAAAUAUGAAAAUAAGUGCAAUCCCAAAGUAUGGGUGGAAGUUGAAGGACAAUUUGAUGAUUAUUCCGAUGAUGAUAGCUGAUGGUACUUUUACUUUGUAGAUAAAACAAUAAUUGUUACAUUGUGACUUGUUAGGAAUUAAGUUAAAAUAUAACAUACUACUAAUAAGAUGAAUGGGAAAAAUUUGUUUGUCAUGAUGUCAGUAUGGAUGUUUGUUACUCUUUCACACAAAAAACUACUGAACCGAUUACGAUGAAAUUUGGUAUGUAGGUAGCUGAAGGCCCAGAAUAACUCAUAGGCUAAUUUUUAUCCCGGAGUUCCAGCAGAUGAAGUCGCAGAAAUCUAGUAGAAAAUAAUUUAUUGGGAAGGGAAAAGAAUAUUAGUCUAUCACAUUACACCAGUGUCGUUAUACGUACCUUUGCCAGCAAUGAAGUUUUAGUAUUCAAUCCAUUGCACACUUGCAGAUCACUUAAGAAAUCCAAUUAAUAUAAUAAAUGCGUAAGUUUGUAACCAUAUCGUGUGUGCGUGUUUGUAAGCCUUGCACGCAAAAACUACUGCACAGUUCAUGAAACUUUGCGGUAUUAUAGCUUAGACAUUAGAAUAACAUAAGAUGAAAUGUAUGGAAAUUUAAGGCGGAGACGCGGGCAACAGCUAUCUUAUAGUACAGGGCAUGAUACUUGUUAGUGUAUGACAGACUUUUUGGUUGAAUUUGAUGCUGAAAAUUGUCCAAUAUUUGUAGGGAACAACACAGAUUCUGUGGACAGAAAUUGUUACCCUGUCAGGGAGGCAUAAUGCAUGGGUCAUAGUUAGAUAAAUAUUUUAUUUGUAGAUAAACACAUAUGAGGUGAUAUCAAAAUAAGUUUAUUAAUAAAUUAGUAAAACAACCACGCAUGUGUGUAUAUGCUGCAGCAAUAUGAAAGUUAGCUAAUAUUAUAGUAAACUAGAGGCCGCCCGCGACUUCGUCCGCAUGGAAACCCUAUCAAUCCCGCGGGAACUCUGGGAUAAAAAGUAGCCUAUGUGUUAUUCUGGGUCUUCAGCUACCUACAUACCAAAUUUCAUGGUAAUCGGUUCAGUAGUUUUUGCGUGAAAGAGUAACAAAC